CCCGCGCUACGGCCUUCCUUAUGCGCAGGCGCACACCGAUCGCUUCCGCUCUAGGCGGGGCAAACUCUGGGCGUGCCCACCGCGGGGGCGUGGCCUGCAGGCGGCAGGGGCUUCCACCUCCCCGGCCCGCGCGGGGAUGGAGCUGGGUCUCCGUGGGCGCCCGGCCUCCGGGCAGGGGCUGGCCUCGGAGACCCCAGCGACUGCAACAGCAGCUUCCGGUGCAGUGGAUUCCCGCGGCUUCCUGUUAUGUCUCUACCUGGUAGGCUUUUUGGACUUGUUUGGUGUCAGUAUGGUUGUCCCACUGUUGAGCCUUCAUGUCAAGUCCCUUGGAGUGAGCCCUGCAGUUGCUGGAGUGGUGUGCUCCUCCUAUGGCAUUCUGCAGCUCUUCUCCAGCACCUUUGUGGGCUGCUGGAGUGAUGUGGUUGGAAGACGGUCCUCCUUGCUGGUGUGCAUUCUGCUCAGUGCCCUGGGUUAUCUCCUCCUUGGAGUAUCCACCAACGUGUUCCUGUUUACACUGGCUAGAGUCCCUGUGGGUAUUUUUAAACACACCCUCUCCAUCUCCAGGGCACUGCUUUCUGACCUGGUCACAGAGAGGGAGCGGCCACUUGUACUGGGACAGUUCAACACAGCCUCGGGUGUAGGCUUCAUCUUGGGCCCCAUGGUUGGUGGAUAUCUGACAGAGCUGGAUGGCGGAUUCUAUGUGACGGCUUUCAUCUGCUCUUCUGUCUUCCUUCUCAAUGCUGGUCUUGUUUGGCUGUUACCUUGGAGAGAAACAGACCUCAACAGCAAGGAGAAUGGUUGGACCUGGGAUCAGAAGCAAGCUACAGCACCCAGAAAGUCAGAAGGUACACUGCCGGGAGCAGCCGCCACCCCUAGGACCAGGAGGAGUGAGAAGGAAGUACAGAGGCCCUGGGUUGAGGUCAUGUCAGCCUUGAAGGACAUGAAGAGCCUCUUACUUUCCUCAUUGUGGGACGUGUUUCUUGUGCGCUUGCUGAUGGGGGUGGCUGUCAUGCUGUACUAUAGUAAUUACGUCUUGGCCCUGGAGGAGCGUUUCGGGGUCCGGCCCAAGACCACGGGGUACCUCAUCAGCUACACCAGUGCCCUGGGUGCCCUGGCUGGCUUCGCUGUGGGGCCCAUCCUACGGCUGUACAAGCACAACUCCCACAUGGUCCUGCUGCACUCUAGUGCGCUCACCUGCCUGCUGCUGCUGCUCUACUCCAUGGCCACCACCAUGGGUGUGGUGGUCUUUUCCUCAACACUUCUGUCCUUCUCCACCACCAUCGGGAGAACCUGCGUCACCGACCUCCAGCUGAGUGCUGGUGGGGCCCAGGCCAGUGGCACUGUCAUAGGUGUGGGCCAGUCUGUGACUGCCGUGGGCCGUAUCAUUGCCCCUCUCCUCUCAGGAGUAGCCCAGGAGAUCAGUCCCUGUGGCCCCCCAAGCCUAGGUGCUGCUUUAGCCCUGGUGGCUAUUUUAAUCAUGUCACUAAACAAACCUCAUUCAGGUAUUUAUGUAUUGUAGUCUUGAGGACCAAGCCCCAGGCUGCAGGAAGGGCUUAAAGAAAAAGCCACAGCAUUGCAUAACUAGACUUUUUCUAUCUGAGAGGAGAAGAAGAAUACACACACACACACACACACACACACACACACACACACACACCCCUAUUUUCUUGGUGAUUACUUUCCUUUAUUCUCAUGCUGCUCCUCUCAUGCUGGUACACUCAUAUUGUUCUUUCUUGUUGCUCCUUGUAUUACUACAUUGCUCCAUCUUACCAUGUCUUUUUACAGUUUAUAUAUCCCAACCAAUUAUUUCAGGCAGUGUAAGAAUCAUAAGGUCACAUUUCAAAGGUAAAGAUUGUAACUUCUUAUUUGCCAGGAACACCUGCAGCCCUCAUUUGGGGCUAUAGAGUCAAAUUAUUUUCUCCAGUCUUGACAAGUCAGAAUAUAUUUUCACAAAUUGAGGUCAGGAAAUGGGUGCAAGGACUUGACCAUUUUCCAGCUAGCAAUAAUUGGGCUGUCUUUGUAUUUACAACCUAGCCAGAUAGUACAGCUGUGUGUCCUUGCUGAACAAAAUUGGGAAUGUUUAUCUAAAAGACCAUUAACAAGGCACCUGGUCUGAUCUAAAGCUCCUUUGAAGCUUUGUUUCACCUAAUGAUAUACAAGAAAACUGUAACUGCAAUUCUCAGCAUAAAGAUCGACAGAAUUUGAGCGAGCCUGGCUCCUGGAUUCAGAUGUUAUUCUAAAUCAUAAAUCUGAGCUGUGACUUAAAGCAGUUUCUUAAGUGUGACUCACAAGCCUCGUGUAGCAAUAGGCCUAGCUAUGAAAUAUUAUUUUCAUUCAUCAAAAUUAUAAGACUUAAGGAAUGAUCACUUUCUUGACAAUCCACAGAUCACAAUGCCCCCAUUAGAUUGAGAUGCAAUCAUAAGAUAAACACACUACAAUACAAGUAGUGGGGGACUCCCCACACCAUAUACAGUAUAUCAGAUACCAAAGAUACAGCAGAAGCAAAAGCUGUUUCAUAGUCUGGAGUCUCAUGGCCUUGCCUAAAAUGAGAUUGACCCAUCAGAGAUUUUCCUCUUGGUGGACUGGCACCUGAACUUCAGCUCCCGCCUGCUGUACUUCUGACAUGGCCGCCAGCAGGGAUGGGAGUGAGAAACUAGAAGGGGAGUAGAAUGGAUUGGGACCACUUGAAGAAGCAGAGUUAGAACUGGGCCAAUGGGGGACAAAGACUGGUCAGAGGGCAUUUUAGAGAGGGUGUGUCAUUUCCAGAUGGCCAUGGCCAGUCCUCACCUGUACAGGGAUGCCAGCCAGACCACCAGAAGUCAGCUGCAGAUAGGAAAGCUUAGAUUGAGCACAACUCUGCCAGGGGGCUGUAUCCAAAGCUUACUCUGAUGGCUUCUCUUCCCACCUGGGCCAGUGAAGUUAACGUUUGCUACCAGGGGAAGGCAGCACGCUACAAAGAGGUGCCGGUGGUGGGAGAGCAACUUGGUAUGUGAAAGGAUGGAAGACCCAGAUGCAAGGAGCAGUGUCCCAUUGAAAAAUGGGUGCUAUGUUAAUCACAUGCUGGUCACCCCUCUGGAGGGCAGGUUUUCUGCUAAACCCAGAAACCAAAAGUAGCUUCUCUGUCAAAAUCCCAGAGACUGGAGUAGCUGCUUUACUUAAACCAACCUGUUUCAUUCUCCAUCAGUAAACAACUAGAUGCUGAGCUUACCCCUAGACACAGAUGGACAGGCCUUGCAAAGCCAGGUCUGGGGUUUUAAGCACCAGUGGCCAUAUCUCAUAGAGGGGAAGGAGCACUGUUCAAUGUACUAGUUUUUUAUUAAAGUAAAAGCUAGAGACUACAGUUUUUAAUAGCUAACUGGACAUGCCCCCUAAACUUACUGCUUACAACUGUGGUAUACCAUCUUUCACACCACUCAGAAGUCAGUCUGCACUAGAAGCAGCUUUCUGGGAGGCCUUCUCUACUCUCUGGGACUAAAUCACUUUGGACUUUGGGAAGAUCUGUGAUCUCAGAAGCUGGGCCUCUGAGGAAUUGUGUUAUUCUGAUGUUAAAGUGCUGAUAGUGAAGGGGAAACAUGAGAACAUUCUGUACAUAGAAAGGGUCAGGGCCAUCCCAGGCUGCGGAGAGACAGGCUGUACUGGGGCUUUUGAAAGCCAUUUAUUUGCUUUAUUUCAUUUGACUUUGGUGCACUGGGAGUGUGGAUGUGUCCUUCUCUGUAACUUUAAGCCACCACUCCACCAGCACCCAGGAGUGGCCCAGAAGGUAGCUUCACAGACUCACGUGGACCAGCCUUUGGACCACUGGGGUUACAUUGAUUGUUUAGGAGCAUUGCUUAGGGGCCGCUCUCUCACAAACAGCCCAAAUUCACAUUCCUUUUCAUCCUCUUGAUUAUUCCACUAGUAUAUGUUUUCACCCUAACAUAACAUGUAAUUGUGAGUGGCAUUUUAAUGCACUCGUAUUUCAUAACUAAUGUUUACUAUUUAUAAAUCAGAAAAAGGUGUUUCCGUAGUUUUAGGAGUUGUAGGUGGGAUAAACUCAAUUAUUUAUGACAAUUGAAAGUACUUUUUAUCUUUUCCUCUUUGGCUCCAAAAAGAAAAGUUCUCUUUUAAAGUGUUUCCACUGUGAAUUAAACACAGCAGCUAAGGACUCUUAAGAGACCAAAGCAUGGCAUCAUGCAGCAUCUAAAUGUCAUGGAGACUAGGCUCAAAAGGACAAUAAAUGAAUGAUUACCAUGAUGUAAUGAAGUAAGGUUUCAGAAGCGUUACUCCAAAGACUGUUGGCACAUUCAGAGAUGGUCAGUUUUCCUUACAAAUGCUUAUGGUAGCCAUAGCACUUAAAACCAUAGCACUUUAUUUUUUAAGUCAAACCUAUAAAAUUAAUGAGGCUUUAAAAUUAAUAAGACACAUGGAUAUUCUGGAAACCAGAAUAACCAAUAUCUAGAGAAACACUAUUAUCCUGUAUUAGUGACUUUAGUGAUUUGUUAAUCUGAUGGUUGUUUUUUGUUUGUUUGUUUUGUUUGUUUUGUCUCCUUUGGUAAAUGUUUUCUCACAUUUCAUCUUGUCUGGUGUCUCGUUCAAAUCGUGGUCCAUAGACCACCAUGUCCUGUCCAGCCCCAGCACAUUCCUGCUAGGGACCACUUUGAGGAGCUGUCUAGCUGAUCUGUUUACACAGAAAGCUUUGACAGCCACUGGGCUGGUGAGUGGAAUUUAUAUGUUUUAUGGGAUAAAAUCUCAGGGAAAUUAAAUUUUCUCAGUUAA